AUGUCAUAUCGAAUGCCCGAUCGCACGGGUUCGAAGCGAAGUCGGUCUCGAUCGCCCUCCUCUCGCCAUUCCCAGAAAGCCCCGCGCAGAUAUGACGAAACGGAUCGGUAUCGCGAUAGGAGGGAUGGAGAUGAGCGGUCGUCACAAAACCGACCUCGGAACAUGAGGGAUCAGGUCCGUCUCAACCAGCUUCAGGAAGACGAGCAAGUGCGUGAAUGGGUGGCGCAAGAGGACAUUUUCGUUCUCAAGCAGGCGAAAAAGAAGGCAGAGAUCAGAGUGAAGGAAGGCCGAGCAAAGCCGAUUGACUGGCUCACUGUCACAUUACGGGUGAUCGAUCCAACGAGGAAUCCCCUUGACGAUGAGAUUGCGGACUCGGAGCUCGAUGUAGUAGAUCCGGAUGGUGUGUUUGAGGGACUAUCCCAGGACCAGCUACUCGACUUGGAAAAGGAUAUCGAAACCUUCUUGAGUCUUGAGAAGAACUCGCAGAAUAGGGAUUUCUGGAAGACCAUGAAAGUGAUUUGUCGAGACCGUCAAAAGACCACCGCCCCCGAAGGACGUGCGCUUAGCUCUGUGGCCGCGGAUAUAAACAGAUUAUUGAGCCCUAAGUCUUACGAACAGCUACAAACACUCGAAAUACAAGUUAGGAAAAAGCUGGACUCCAACGAGCCUAUCGAUACCGACUACUGGGAGGAGCUUUUGCGCAGUCUUACUGUUUGGAAGGCUCGGGCGAAGCUGAAGAAGGUCUACCAAGCCGUUAUAGACGAGAGAGUUCGAGGUUUGCGUAAACAGCAGUCUGAAGAAGCUGCGUCUGUGCAGGCGAAGCUGGCCCCUCUGGCGCCUAUUAUCCAAGCAGCCUCAGAUGCGGUCGAAAGCCGAGAAUAUCGUGAACUCGACCCUGACCCAUUGCUUCAGAUCCGACCGGAAGAUAAGGUUUUGGAGAUAGUGGACGAAGAUGCAUUUCUUAACCAAGUGGCCCGCGACCGACAGAAGAUUUUGAAGAUGGGAUAUGUUCCUCUCCGUCAACGGCAAGCAGAAAAGCCGUCGGUGCUUCCCAUCAAUCAAGCAACCACCGCUCCAAUCGCCACAGCCUCGACGCGAUUCUCCUCGAUUCCUAACGAAGACUUCUCGCAGGCAACCAAGGCGCUCUAUGAGCGAGAGUUGGCCAAGGGAGUCAGUGAAAACGAGGAGAUAUUUACCGGUGAGGAAGCUGUGAGCACAACUUCUCAGCCAGGAUGGGCGAGCAAACACCGGCCCCGCAAACCACGCUACUUUAACCGUGUUCAAAUGGGUUAUGAGUGGAACAAAUACAACCAGACUCAUUAUGACCAUGAUAACCCGCCCCCGAAAGUUGUGCAAGGGUACAAGUUCAAUAUUUUCUACCCUGAUUUGAUCGACAAGACAAAAGCACCGACCUACCGCAUCGAACGCGAGCAUGGACGAAAGCGGGGACAAUCCUUUGCAGCGGCUGGGGAGGAGGAUACUUGUUUGAUUCGCUUUAUGGCCGGUCCGCCGUACGAGGACAUUGCCUUUCGGAUCGUCGAUAAGGAAUGGGAUUACAGUGCAAAGAGGGAAAGAGGGUUCAAGAGCACUUUUGAUAAGGUAUGUCUAAGAAACAAGCAAAUCAGUCAAAAAGAGACUAACAGGAUUGUAGGGAAUUUUGCAGCUACACUUCCAAUUCAAACGAGUAAGUACCCUCUGUCGCUCAGGUCAUGA